AUGGUGUCUGGGAAGUGUUCCAAAGGAAAAGUGAGGGACACGCUCAAUAACCUGGUCCUCUUCGGCAAAGCAACCUACGACAAACUGCUCAAGGAAGUGCCCAACUACAAACUCAUCACCCCAACUAUUGUAUCUGAAAGGCUAAAGGUCAGAGGCUGUCUAGCCAGGGCAGCCCUCCAGGAACUGCUGUCUAUAGGUAUGAUCAAGCUGGUGUCCAAGCACAGAGCACAGGUGAUCUACACAAGGGGCACUGAGGAGGGUGAAGGCGCAGAAAAGGAGGAGGAGAAGGAAGGUGAGGAUACUGUUUAG